UGUGAAGGAGAAUUUCGAUUCUGGCUUAUAAUCCAAUUCGUUACAAUUUUGAAUAAGCGAGACAGAGAGAUAAAAAAGAACAGGGACGGUGGGAUGAAAGGUGAUCGAGCAUUCUGAUAAUCGCCUGCAUUCUGACUUUCGGUUACCAUUUUGGCUUUCUUUUUAUUUUCCUUUUAGGUUCUGAAAUUUUCUUCCUUUUUGCCUGUGCUUUUACACGUUUCUUUGGAAUUUCAAACAUCUCACUUUUCGUACUUUUUUUUUUUUUUUUUUUUUGGCGCUUUCCUCUUCGGAGUUGUCGUUUCCUAAUUCCUCUGGGAGGCAUUAUCAUUUGGGUCCUGUUUGGCCUGCAACAAAUAUAUGCGUGGCCAUGAGAAAAAUUUUGGGGGCUUUCGUCUGGGUGUUGAGGAAUUAAUUGUGAACUUCCUGAUUUUUUGUUUUUUUGUCUUUUUAAUUUUUUCAUGUGGUUUCUACUUUAAUUAAACCCGAAUUGACAAGUGGGUUUUUUUUUUUGACAGUUUCGAACUCUUUGCAUUUGUUGUAGAAAUGAAUGCCAAUUUUCCACGUUUCCUUCUCUCUCUUUCUCUCUGUUCUUCUUUGUUUUGUAUCGUUGCUAAGAUAUAUAAACAGUAAAAUAAGCAGAGUCAAUGAGGCAGAACACCUUCAAAGCUUGGUUUUAUUUAUUUUGGAUCCAAUACGCAUUCUGGGUCACUAGCAGGGAAGGUUCUUUUAAAUCCUUUUUCUGAAUUCCCACAAUAUAUAUUUCAGUCAGAUUCGUUGAAAUUUCCAUUUUCCUGGAAGUUGUGCCUCCUCCAAAUACCUGUACAGCUCAUCCAAAUGGGAAUGUUCUUUUAAAUCUGUUCUUAAAUAAGUUAGCGUUUUUUAUUAUUUUAAGUCCCCAUCUCUCAAAAACUCCUUUUUUUCUUUAAAUUUAAUUCAUUUUUGUGUUUUCCCUAUAUAUAUAUAUAUAUAUAUAUAUUUUUUUUUUUUUCGUUUGUUUGUUUGUUUUUUUUUCACAUUUUCUGAGUGAUGGGUUGCGCAAGCUCUAAGCAAAAGCGAUGCCGGCACUGCCACAACACCUAUUCACCAAUUCCCCGAAGCUACUCAAUGCACGCUCACCACCCACCUCAGAGUAAAGACGACACUUACCAUGUUGUAGCUCUCACGUCUUCCACUUUGGGUUCUCUCAAGCUUGACUCCAUCUCCACCCACCAAAACGACGAUGUCCGACACAUCGACGGCAACAAGAUCAUUGUUAAUAACGGGGAUGACACCUUCAACGACAACAAAAACAGAGACACAAAGGAGGAGUUUUCAGUUGGGUUAAUUGAGGCAAAGACUUGGUCUAACAUGAUCAACGACAAAAUCCCAAAGAUUGUUCCAAAGACACCGACCAGAACCCCUCCUGGAGAGCCUGAAACAAUCAAUGCUUGGGAAUUAAUGGAAGGUCUCGAAGAUACAAGCCCUUUCCGUUCCCCAAUUCAUGUACGAAGCUUCUCUUUCGAUGUUGUUCCAACUACGAAUCCAAUACCCACAACCCCUUUCGAUCGGCCCAAAUCCAGGUUUCAAGAAAACAAUGCCGAGCCCAUGUGGCUGCAAAUGGCAGACAACGAUGAUGAUCUGAAUCACAACUCUGCAAUACAAGAUUUCGAUCCGGAAGUCAUUUCAACAUUCAGAAAAUCUCUGGAGGAGCUAUCACCGAAAGCAAACGAUUUUUUCUCAAAUCAUAAAUUCCCAUCUUGUGGGAAAGAUAAAGAGAAGCUGAUUGUAUACUUUACGAGCCUAAGAGGGGUUAGGAAGACAUACGAGGAUUGUUGCCAUGUGAGGGUGAUUUUAAAAGGGUUGGGAGUCAGAGUCGAUGAACGUGAUGUGUCUAUGCAUUCUGGGUUCAAAGAGGAGCUGAAAGAGCUUUUGAAAGAUGGGUUCUAUGGAGGUGGGUUGCCGAGGGUGUUUAUUGGGAAAAGGUAUAUUGGUGGUGCUGAAGAGAUUCGGAGAUUGCACGAGGAUGGACAGCUGGAGAAGCUGCUUGAAUGCUGCGAAAAGAUGGAUGAUGAUGGAGGUUGUGGAGGUGGAGGAGCUUGUGAAGCUUGUGGGGAUGUAAGGUUUGUGCCAUGUGAGACAUGUUCAGGUAGCUGUAAGAUAUACUAUGAAGAAGAUGAAGAAGAUGGAGGGGAAGAGGAUGAAUAUGGGUUCCAACGUUGCCCUGAUUGUAAUGAAAAUGGUCUAAUACGAUGCCCAAUCUGUUGCUAUUAGAUUUUUUGUUUUUUUUGGUGGCAUAAACAAAGGUAAAUCUUGUUCCA